UUGGAGAAGGAGCGUGACGUGGCAGAGAGAGCCUGAGACCCGAAGAGCCCCUGCUUUUUCACUCCCGCAAAGUAAUCGAGUCGGUCUCCUUAAGAUCUUGGGUCAAAAGCUCACAAAAUUGCCUGACCCUCUUGAAUUUUCUAGGGAACUGAUAGCCAAUUUGCGUAAAAUUGAACGAAGAACGGGCUGAACUGAAGGAGCAGUGUGCCCCCGCCACAUCAUUAUCUGGGCUUAACGUUAGUUUAAUUUCAAGUAACGUUAGCUAGCUAGCUGCCUCUAGCUAAAUUCUGUGGGCGACAAAACAUGGGCCUUACAAUUUCAAGUGUCUUUUCCCGUCUUUUUGGGAAGAAACAGAUGAGGAUUCUGAUGGUUGGUCUGGAUGCUGCAGGGAAGACCACCAUCCUUUACAAACUGAAGCUCGGAGAAAUUGUUACAACAAUUCCCACUAUUGGGUUCAAUGUGGAGACCGUAGAAUACAAGAACAUCUGCUUCACAGUAUGGGACGUCGGUGGCCAGGACAAGAUCAGACCCCUCUGGAGGCACUACUUCCAAAACACUCAGGGUCUCAUCUUUGUGGUGGACAGCAACGAUCGCGAGCGCACACAGGAAGCCUCAGAGGAGCUGCAGAAGAUGCUCCAGGAGGAUGAGCUGAGGGACGCUGUGCUGCUGGUGUUUGCCAACAAACAGGACCUGCCAAAUGCCAUGCCCAUCAGUGAAAUGACUGACAAACUGGGCCUGCAGAUGCUUAGAAGCAGAACUUGGUACGUCCAGGCGACCUGUGCCACCCAGGGGACGGGCUUGUACGAGGGACUGGACUGGCUCUCCGACCAGCUCUCCAAGCGCUAAGCCUGCCACGAGGAAGACUGGAGGUGUUAUUUAACCAAGGACAUGUGGAACAGAGCUGACCUAGGCUUUGGUGAAGAAAGAAAUCUAGUUUUGCAUUCGAUCGUCUCUGCGUUCUGCGCUCAGACGGCUUCGGCAGCACAUCCCCCCCAUUAUUCCCUCCUUAUGACCAUCAUGGCUGCCAGUAUUCACUACUCAUAUUCUGAUGCAUAUGUAGCAAUAUGCUAUCAAUGAAGGCAAACUGCAAUCCCAUAAAGUAAUUCAGAACUGACCUAUAUUUUUGGGGUGGGAGGUUCCAGGGGAUAUGGACUAGCACAAAGUUUUUUUUUUUUUUUUUUUUUUUUUUUUUCCUCCCUCAAAUUACAGGGCAGAUAUGUGUGUGGACCAUUCUAAAACUUGGAAACCUGACACCCCCCCCCCCCCCCCCCCCCCAGUAAAUCUUUUAGGCCUUUCAGAUUUGUUAUAAAGACAUGUAGCCUCCAUUUCUGUAGUCCACUUCAGUCAUUCCUGGCUGUGUCAGCGUGCUGGCAAACCUCUCUUACUGUGGCUUUCUGUGUAAAUAUGACAGCAGUUUCUUUUUCUCUAGUUAUAAUGUCUGCUUUAAUAAUUCAAGCACUAUUUCUCUACUCUGCUACAGAGAAAACGCCUCGGAAAACAAUCUGUCUAUCUGUUGCUUAUUUUCAACAUCGUCAUUGAUACUGAAGAUUUGUUUUGGAGGAUUACACAUUUUAACUUAUUAGCUCUGUUUCCAAGUUUAGCCACAACACUUUUUUUAUAUAUUUUUUUCUCCAACUGAUGUAAAUCUUGCAAUUGUUCCAGCUGAUUCACCAUAUCUGCCAUUGGAAUUGGAUGAUUAAUUUGGGGAUUUUUUCCCCCCAAUUUUGUCUUUUUUGGAUCAAAUAACGUUCCAAUUUGAGCAUUAUACUCCCAUUUACCAUUAUAAUUCCUAAUAAAACACUUGAA